GGCAACUUUGUAGGAGGGAUCAUAUCGUUGAUGGAUCCCACUUGUGCACCUUUCUUCCUUUCUGCCAGCUGAGCUGACACACCAUGACCUGAGGAGAAAUCGACGCAAAUGCUGAAUCCCACCUGCUGGGGGUCUUCGUAGACAAGGAUUGCUGAAGAGCUCCUGCAAUUGGCUCUGAGCCUCGCUAGCCCCUAUCAAGACGAUGAUGGAACCAAGGAAGUGAAACGUUGUUGUUAGGAUUCAUGCGUCCUGCGUCCCGGAAAUUCAUACCGCAAACAACCAAUUUGCUUUACAUAUGUAAUAUCUAGUUGUGCUACUUGAUCAGGUAUGGCCUGCACCACUUUUCAAGUGACCAGCACCAAUCUGGGGAGCGCACUUGCCUCCCGCAAGCACUGCUGCUUGAGGCCCUCGUCACAGGUCAGCUCUGCAAUUGCUGGCGCUUUCCCAGAGGUCCGUCGCCUUCAUGAUAAGACGAGAGCAGGGAGCAGCUGGGCUCAGAAGUAUGCGGUAAGCUUGGGCGAACGAAAAGGGCUGGAGAGGCAACAUAUUUCAAAACAACGCUGGAGAAUUAGGGUUCACUCAGGCGUGGCUUCGAGAUCUUCAGAAUCCAAUGGAGUAGCUACACCAGAGCGGCUACCUUCAGCUGCCAUUCUGGAUCAGGAUGGAGAUCUUGACGAGGACUGGGAGGCAGCCUGGACCCCUCAGGAUGCAGCUGAUCUAUAUCGAGUCGAAGGAUGGGGAUCUCCUUACUUUUCAAUCAAUGCACGGGGGAACGUGGCAAUCCGGCCUAAGGGCUCUGAAGAUGGAUCGGAUGAGCUGGAUCUACUGGAGCUGAUCCAAGCUGUGCGCAAGAGGAACGUGGAGCUGCCAAUGAUUCUUCGCUUCCCCGAUAUCGUCCAGCAUCGCAUGGCCCAGCUGCAGGGGUGCUUUGACACCGCCAUCGGAAAAUAUGGCUAUCAGGGCCACUUCCAGGGCGUCUUCCCUGUCAAAUGCAAUCAUGAUCGAUAUCUCAUAGAGGACAUCGUCGAGUAUGGCAGGAACUUCAGGUUUGGUUUGGAGGCUGGCUCGAAGCCAGAGCUACUGAUUGCAAUCGCCAACCUCAGAGAAAACGAUGAUGCGCUUCUUGUUUGCAAUGGUUAUAAGGAUGAAAUCUACAUGGAAAGUGUCCUGCUGGCAAGGCAACUGGGAACGAACGCUGUGAUCGUCUUGGAGCAAGUGGACGAGCUCCCGCUGCUGCUCCACGUGAGCCGCAAGCUGGAUGUGCGGCCAGUGAUUGGCGUGCGAGCCAAGCUGAGUACCAAGCAUGACGGCCACUGGGGGGGGACGUCGGGGGACAAGGGCAAGUUUGGGCUGACCAUCCCCGAGAUUGUCAAGGUGGUGUACACCCUGAGAGAGGAGGGCAUGCUGGACUGCCUGCAGCUGCUGCACUACCACGUCGGCUCCCAGGUGGCGGACAUCGCCAUCAUCAAGGAGGCCAUGCGCGAGGGCAGCCACCUCUACUGCGAGCUGGCCACCAUGGGGGCCGCCAUGGGGUACAUCGACGUCGGGGGAGGCCUGGGCAUCGACUACGACGGGACGAAGGGCAACAGGUCGGGGGCGUCGACCAACUACAGCAUGCAGAACUACGCCAACGACGUGGUGGCGGCGCUGCUGGACGCGUGCGUGGUGAAGGGCGUGCGGCAGCCCGUGAUCGCGUCCGAGUCGGGCCGCGCGCUGGCUUCGCACUCGGCGGUGCUGGUAUUCGACGUGCUGAACGACAGCGAGAACGCGGAGAGCGACGCGCUGCGCAACCUGGCGGUCCUGGAGGAGCACCACGCGGCGGGGCUGGGCAGCAUCCAGCAGGGGUGGCCGCCCAAGCAGGACGGCCUCGCCACCAACGGGCUGCAGCCCGCGCGCCGCGACCCCGGCCAGUACCUGCUCUCCACCUUCUACCAAGUCUUCGCCACCAUCGACCAGACCAACUUCCAGGAGGCGUUCAACGACUCGAAGCAGUUCAAGCAAGAGGCGGCCAACCUGUUCAAGCUCGGCUGCCUGAGCCUGGAGCAGCGCGCACAGGCCGAGUCGCUGCACACGGCCAUCUGUCACCGCGUGUUGGCGUACGCGCGCAACGAGCCGCAGAUGCCCGCAGAGUUGAGCGCCUUGAGCGAGGCCAUGGCGUCAGUGUACCACGUGAACCUGUCGGUGUUCCGGUCGGCCGUAGACACGUGGGCCAUCGACCAGCUGUUCCCCAUCAUGCCCCUGCAGCGCCUCAGCGAGGAGCCAACCACCAUGGCCACCCUGGCGGACCUGACGUGCGACAGCGACGGCAAGAUCACGCGCUUCAUCGGGCCCGACAGCACGCCCAGCUCGGUGCUGCCCGUGCACGAGCUGCGGCAGGGGGAGGCCUACUACCUGGGCAUGUUCCUGGGGGGCGUCUACCAGGAGGUGAUGGGCAGCCUGCACAACCUGUUUGGCGGGCUCAACGUGGUGCACAUCCGGGCCAAGCCGAAGCCGGGGCGCGCGGCGGGCGGGUACGCCAUCGAGCACGUGGUGAAGGGGCAGACGAUGGAGGAGGUGCUGCGGACGGUGCAGUACGAGGGCGAGGACAUGAUGGAGAGCCUGCGCAACGAGGCGGAGGAGGCCGUCGACGAGGGGCGCCUCACGCUGGAGGACGCCUCCGCGCUGCUCAUGAACUUCAACCGCAGCCUCAAGUCGUACACGUACCUCAAGAGCCGGAGUCAAUAGGCCGCAUGCAGCGUCUGAGAGCUUAAAGGCUAGCGUUUCUGGUCGACGUGAGGCUGCGCUAUAUAAAUAUUUGAAGAGAAUAGGAAUGCACAUUCUUUGAUCAAUGAGCUGCCAGCUAGAGAUUGAUCGGCGCACGCAUCCGCUUAUGUGAAUCAAGAGAUUCGGUUAGCAAAGUUGCCAAUAUUAAGAUACAGAGUGAUCAUGAUUUUGCCAGGCUUCCAAUCAGCAAUCGGAUUGAGUAUUGCGUACACUUAGCUUGUCAGGCGCGUCCGGUCGUGGACCUUCAG